CUCUCUACUCCCUAGCUUCCGUUGGUUGAUUUAUUAACGUAGCCAUCCCACACCUUCACCUACCAGCCUGUUCGUCUCCUCUUCUUUCUCUCCCUCCCCUGGAUACAAGUGUUGAUGCACGACUCCGAUCUGCCGGUUUUCAAAUAGCAUCAUCGCUCCUUACAAGAGAUUUGUUAUCUCAGUCAUUCCUUAUUCACACGCUCAACACUUGGUCUCAUCCCGACUCACACCCAAACAACACUGAUUCAGAGACACCACGCCAACACCACACUGUUAAACAGAGUUUUUGGGAGUACUUUACUACUCACAUCACUGCCAGUCACACCUCGCAAGCCGAGUCAAAGAACAUUCUAGGCCAUACCUCUACUUCAUCAAAGCAUUCCAGCGCAUUUCCUACCAGCCACCUACGAUUCUCUUUGAAGCUGGUCAAAUACUCAACUAGACUCACCUAAGUCUACCAGCAAUCUCGUUUUGCCAACCUUCAUUCCAAGCGAAUCUUCACAGACAGAUCAAGACACAAGAACAGCAUGAAGUCUUCUGCUGUUGUCAUGCUGGCUUCGGCCGCUGUUGGCCAGGCCCUUCAACAGUGCUCUGGCACAGCCAAGGAGGAGGGCGGCAACUGGUGGUGCGGUGCUGUCGACCAGAUCCUGUACUCCAACGUCGGGCAUCCAGGUACUUACAAAGCUGUCAACCAUAUGGGGGAUGACGGAUCCUGCACCUUUGAGGAUAUCCCAUUUUCCGGUCCCCUGGCCCCUUUCAAUGAGGAGCUUGUUCCUGUCUUCCGUGGUCCUAUGAACCUGAAGCAGGUUGGCAUCUACAACCUGUCUCCUAAGGCUAAGCGGUCUCCUGCUGUUUCCCACACCCAUGCCCGCCGCCAUGGUCACCACGGUCAUCAUCACUUGCACCAGAGGCAUGAGGAGGAGGAGGAGCACAGCGAGGAGAAGCGCGGCGAUGUAUGGGUCACCGCGACAAUCAAUGGCCUUGUCCAGUCUUGGCUUAACAACUGGCAUGGCCCUACCCCUGGGCCUGCUCCUCCCGUCAACACUCCUGCUGUCCCUCCUGUUGCUUCCCCCAGCCCCACUCCCACCCCGUCUAAGCCCGCAGCUGCCGUCAAGCCUGCCAGUUCCAAGCCUGCCAGCUCCAAGUCUGCUGGUUCCAGCUCCGGCUCUAGCUCUGGUACCACAACUGGUGACUACACCAGAGUUGGCUACUACAACGCUGACAAGGCUAUUGCUGAUGGCAUCGUCUUCCUUGGCAACUACGGCGGCCAGGGUUCCGGCAAGUUUGACAAUGUAUUUGGCAACUCUCUGUCAUACUUGAAUUCCGAUGCCACCGGUGGUGCUGCUUCGCCCCAGAUCCUGAACCCGGUCACACUCAAGUCCAACCAGGAGUUCCUCAUCGCCAGUGACAAGUCUUGCGAUGAUGGCAGCUGCGGCUUCUCGCGCCCUGGUUCUGUUGCUUACCACGGCUUCAAGGGCGAGGACUCAGUUUGGCUCUUCGAGCUGAACAUGCCUCUCGAUGGCACCACUGGCUUCAACGCAGAUAUGUCUGCUCUCUGGUUCCUGAACGCCAGGAUUCCCCGCACGGCCCAAUACAACAAGUGCUCCUGCUGGCCCGAAUGCGGAGAGCUUGACGUUCUCGAGGUCCUUGCCCCCGGCGACACCAAGUGCAAGUCCACCUUUCACUCCAACGUCCCUGGUGGCUCUUCCGACUACUUUGACCGUCCCACCGGCGAGCCCAUUAAAGUCGCUGUCGUCCUUGAUGGCGACUCUGGCCAAGUCUCAGUCAAGGUCCUCGACGACGACGUCGACUUCUCCACUGGUCUCUCCCGCUCACAGGUGGAGAGCUGGCUUUCUGCUGACUCCUUCUCGGCUGCCAGCGUCGGCGGCAAGACCAACAAGGUCAGCUUGUUUGCUUUGUCGUCCUAAAAAGUUCUGGAUCGAUAUUUUGAGGAUUGGGUAGACACCAUGAUUGCAUAUGGUGUGAUGCUUUCACAAUUUUCUGCCUUGACCAAGUCAAGCGGGCUUCUUGCGUUGGAUUCACGGCAUCUCAUGACGCGACCACGACUUUUUUCCCCUUCAUCUUGCCUUGUCUUUUCUCUUCGAUAUGCGAGGAUAUAUCAGUUAUGCCUCACGUUGGGGGCUUCGGGGCAUUGCAAACGAACAUGCCUCCCAGGCGUCGAAAGCGGAAGAUACCCGGCCCCAGAAAAGUGUGCCCUCCUUUUUUUUCUUCUUUUCUUCUCUAUGGAAUAGGUCGGAGGAGGACGGGGUUUUCUCCUCUCUUGGAAUCUUGGAGAGGAGCAGUC